GCUACUACAUUUCUUCAUCCUACAAUAAUGCAUGGUCCGUCGUUGCCGUCCGUCCUCAAGUCGAAGCCUGCGACCCAUGACACAACGACAACUCAUGAUCAGCUAAUAGCUGGUCUCGCUCGCGUUACCUCUCCUCAAGAGACACCGAUAUACAUUUGUGCAUUCCAAGAUUGUAACAGACUGUUUCCUUCACGCGAACGUGUCAUGCUGCACCGUAAACGUGACCACAACUCAGAAGAAGAUAGAGACAUCAUUACUUGGAACGAAUAGCAGCUCAGAAUGUUCAGGACAUCAAAUAUUCAUACUCAAGUCCCGAGGCCCUUCACCCCGUGAUUCUUACAGUUUAUAACUCAGCAGUUUUUUUUCACUACCACACUGACGACAGAU